AUGAGUGAAAAGGCUGUGAAUCAAGAUGAUUUCACGUCUUUACCAUUAGAUCAAAAAUUGUUACAUAAAGUUUGGAAAGCUAGAGCAGAAGGGUAUAAAGAGUUGAAUACUAUAUUAGCCAAUAGUAUUUCGUCGAAGAAUCCUAAUGAUUUGUCAAAUUUACCCGAGAAUGUUACUCAAUAUUUAAAUGAUUCCAAUUUAGUGAAAAAUUGGUUAUUGGAUUCCAAUGUUAUUGCUCAGGAAAGUGGGUUAAUCACAUUUCUAUCGUUGAUUAAAUUACUCAUAAAGAUAAAUAAUACCAGAGGGAAAACCAUUGGUGGAUCGAAAAUACUAUUAGAUUAUCAAGAGACUUGGCUCCCUGCUAUAAUAGAAAAAUCAUUACCUUCUACCAGAUCUGUUACCAAAUUAACUGCUCUAGAUUCUAUCCUGUCGUUAUGUUCAUUAGACAGAUCAAUCAAAUCUACUGUAAUCAUACUGCUACCUUUUUUAGAUAAGAAAUUACCAAAACUAUUAGCGGCCACAUUGAACUGUCUUACAAAUGUAAUAGAUUCAUUUGGGUUUCUCAAUAUCAAUUUCAAUAACGAACCAGAUAUGUUAACUAAUCUAUUAACUCCAUUAAUUAAAUUAUCAGGUCAUGCUGAUAGAAACGUAAGAGCUCAAUCGAUGGAUUUAAUCGUUUCAAUUUAUAAUAAUACAGGCCAAAAUAUUCUUCUUUUACAAGAUAUUCUAUUAGAUCAUUUGAAACCUAUCCAACAAAAGGAUUUGAAAAAAUUAUUUGAUAAAAAUUUAAAUUCCACUAAUCAGAAAAAAAAAUUAUUAUUUCAAUAUCAAAUUUUAGAACAAUUGAAAUCACAAGAAGUAGUUCAAGAAUCCACAUCACAAGAAUUAGACGAAGAUGGCGAUACAAUAAUGACUCAAGAUAAUAUGAUACCAAACUCAUCUGAUUUUUUACCUGUAAUGACAAUCUUAAAUGAUUUACCUGAAAAUUUUUAUUCAAAUAUUAAUUCUACUGAUUGGAAAUUAAGAGUGGGUUCAUUACAAGAAUUUUAUGAUUUUUUAAUUAAUCCCAAAAAUAAAAUUAAAAAAUUAUCAAUUAAAAAAGAAAAUUAUACUCAUCUUUUCCAAGAAUUAUCUUUGAUUCUUAAAAAGGAUAAAAAUUUACAAUCAAUCACUAUCACAUCACAAAUCAUUUCAUUCAUUUUGGAAAAAUUGAAUCCAACAUCAAAGGAAAAUUCAAGAUGUAAGGAUUUGGUCAUGGAAAUCUUCCAACCGUUAUUAAAUAAAACAAAUGAGAAAAAGCAAUCCGUUAUAGAUUCCAUCAAUCAUUCCAUUGAUUUAAUUGUUAUUAAUUUUUAUAAUCCAAUUUCCAAAGAAAAUGAAGAUCUUUUCCAAAUAAUCUUAUCAACAUUGACAAGUGCAAAGAUACCACAAUUGAAAUUAUCAAUGACUUCUAUCACCAAUAGAAUCUUGGAAAAUAAUCUAAUUAAUCCAAUUGCAAAGACUUUUUUAACCAAAUACCUUCAAGAUGAUCUUCUCCCCAUAAUCAUCAAGAUCUGUCACGAGUCUCUACCAAAUAUUAGAGAAGAAGGGUUUAAAUGUAUGGCAAAUAUCAUGUUUAUUAUUGGUAAAUUCGAUAUGAAUGAACCUUUAGAAAAAUUAGAUAAUUUAAAAGAAAAAAAAAUUAACCAAUAUUAUGAUAAAAUAAUACCAAAACAAUCAUCGAAAAAAUUAGAAGCAGUACCCAUGCGAAAACCUUCCAACAACAACAAAGAUACUACUAGUAUCAGUACUUCUACCAUUAGUAACAGCACUAGUAAUAGUGAUAGCAGUGUACCAUCUAAACGUGGCCCUACUUCACCUUUGAAAAAAAAUAAAGAUUAUUCUCCUAAAUCCUCAAGAGUUACUUUAACCACUCAAUCAUUAUCAACAACAACAACUGCAAAUAAUAAUAAUAAUAAUAAUAAUAAUAAUUUAUUAUCAUCUAAUAUUAUUCAACCUUCCACGACAAUACCAAACUCAACUUCAAAUAAUGUCAUGGAAAAUGUUCAAUUUAAAAAAAUUAAAAAUGAUUUUGAAAUAUUAAAGAGACAGAAUAAUGAUUUAAACAUUGAAUUAAGAGAAAAAAAUUCCAAAAUUCAUAAUUUAAAUGAAGAAAAUUUGCAAUUAAGAAAACAAAUUAAUAACAUGACCAUUAAUUUACAAGAUAAAGAAAAUUCCAUUUUAAACUUAAACUCAAAAUAUAAUAAUAUAUUAAAGAAAUUAAAUUCCCUUGAAUCUGAAUUUAAAAGGUAUAAACAAUCACAUCCACCAACAACAACCAUCUCUGCAUUAUCUUCAACAACCCAUUCCGCAUAUACUUCUAGUAGACACUCAAGAAAUAAUAGUGUCACAAGCGAAGAUUUGCCUCCAAGAGUCAAUUCUUUAAGAAUUAAUAGUGUUGACGAUUAUUCAACUAAUAAUAAUAAUAAUAAUAAUAAUAAUAAUAAUAAUAAUAGUAAUAAUCAUGCAAAUAAUUAUGAACAAUUAUCAACUACGGGCUCGCCACAUAUUUCAUCACAUAUGCAUAUACCGUCCCAUCUCCAACCACCAUCUCCUUUACAACAACCUUCUAGAUAUCAAACAAGAAAUAAUCAUUUAGAUUUGAAUCAGCCUCCAUCUAUAUCAUCAGGUAUAUCAUCUGCAUCUUCAUCAACUAUACCAAACUUGCAUGCACGUAGUGCUCCACCACCACAAUCCCUUGGAUACAACAGUCCAAGCCGACAAAGUAGUGCUCCAUUUUCACCUUUGGCACAAAGAAGAAGCAAUACAAACCCUUCGAUUUAUAUGUCCUCAACUGAUAGUCGACAAGAUAAUAACGAAAUAGAUACAGAAGAUACCGCAUCAGCUGAUAUAAAUAGUACUAUUAUCAACGAAGAAACAUGGAUGCGUGCAGCUGAAGUUACUGAGACUCUAAGAAAACGUAUUGAUGGGUUGCGGGUAAAAAAUAAAAAUAUUAGCCAAACAAAGAUAAAUAAAUAA